AUGCUACAAAGUUUACAAGCUGCUGAUGAGGCCCAUGGACGUCCGUCAAAUCUCAGCAGAGCAGCAACGAUUCAUCUGGUUCGGCCUUCCAUUCCAACGACACAACCUCUUACUUCUUCUUCCUCGAGUGAUAACAGUGUUCAAAAACAACCACCCGUACGUCGAAAAUCACUUCCUCUGAAGAGCAACGACCCAAGACAAAUAGUCUCGGAAGCUUUACAUGCAGCGGAGAAAGAAGAACCUCCACCUAGAAGAACUUCGGGUAAAUAUCAACCGAAAGAGUCGUUCUCAAUCGCCUCGAAACGGUACUUGGAGAAAGAACCAGAUGCCAGAAUAUGGAAUUGUUGUGAUCUUUUCAACGGAGAGCCGAGCGGAAGAAAAUAUGCUCUGAUCAUUCUCAAUCAGCCGAUCACUAGAAAAGAUGUCUUUUUGAGAGUAUGGAAUGCGAGCGAAGUACGAUAUUGUGCAGAUGGAGGUGCAAAUAGAUUGUACGAUCUGUGGAACGCAGACAAUCGUAAUAGAUAUCUACCCAAUAUGAUCAAAGGUGAUCUCGACUCUAUCCGGACCGACGUUCAUACUUAUUACGCUCAAAAAGGCGUGUCCAUAAAACACGACGGUUCAGAAUAUGCUACCGACUUGAUGAAGUGCAUCUCCGAGAUUGAAGCUUUGGAAGAGGCUUCAGGGAAGAAAUAUCACCUCAUCCUUAUGGGAGGUCUUUCCGGUCGGAUCGAUCAAUCUGUACAUACAAUGUUUUUGCUACACAAAAUGCGUAAAACUCGACCAGAGACAUUUGUUAUCAGUGGUGAAUCCCUUGCAUGGACAUUAGACGAGGGAUCUCAUUUAGUGGAGAUUGAUCAUACCAUCAUGGGUCAGACAUGUGGUUUGUUACCUGUUGGAGUGGAAGAAUCGUAUAUCAAGACGGAGGGUUUAAAAUGGGAUCUAGGUAAGUCAUCAUUCUCCACCUCUAUAUCAACCUCAAAUCAUCUAUUACCUCCUUCUCCCCUAGUCUACAUACGUACAUCACGUCCGAUAUUAUGGACAAUCGAAAUAAAGUCUCUACUCCCUUCUCUUCGUCCACGAGGACAAACAACCUCACACGUCCGAUCAACCUCUCAAGAAUUAUCCAGCGGUCUAUCAGCUCUCGCUGUAGGUGUUGGUAGAUUAGCUAAGGAUGCCAGUCGUGGUGUAGGACAAUGGACGGCGGAAUUAGGAAAGAAAGAUGGUGAUAAAGAAGAAAGAGGGGGUUUGAUCAGUCAAAGUCAAAUAGAUGAUAGUGUUAUCUCUGAUCAGGACGACAGUGUUGGGUUUGAUCAUCUACAUCGAUCAAACGUUAAUGGUGGACAUAGGGAUGAAGAGGGAUGGCAACAACUCGUAUGA